AUGCCUAUCCCAGUCCCCGCCGCCGAAAGCCUUCACGAUCUCUUCAGCCUUAAGGGCAAGACCGUUGUGGUCACUGGUGCCUCUGGUCCCCGUGGUAUGGGUAUUGAGGCUGCCCGUGGUUGUGCCGAGUUCGGCGCCAAUGUCGCUCUCACCUACGCCUCCCGCCCCGAAGGUGGUGAGAAGAACGCCAAGGAGCUCGCCGAUAAAUUCGGUGUCAAGGCCAAGGCCUACAAGUGCAACAUUGGCGACUGGGACAGCGUGAACAAUCUCGUGCAGACUGUCAUUUCCGAAUUUGGACAAAUCGACGCCUUCAUUGCCAACGCUGGAAAGACCGCCGACAGCGGUGUUCUCGACGGCUCCGUCCAGGCCUGGGAGGAGGUCAUCCAGACUGAUUUGAACGGUACCUUCCACUGCGCCAAGGCUGUCGGUGCGCACUUCAAGCAGCGCGGCAAGGGCAGCUUCGUCAUUACCUCCAGCAUGUCCGGUCACAUCGCCAACUUCCCUCAAGAACAGACUUCGUACAACGUCGCCAAGGCGGGUUGCAUCCACAUGGCUCGUUCGUUGGCCAACGAAUGGCGCGACUUUGCUCGUGUCAACAGCAUCUCGCCCGGGUAUAUCGACACCGGUCUCUCCGACUUCGUGCCCCAGGACAUCCAGGACCUGUGGCUGUCGAUGAUUCCCAUGGGGCGGAACGGAAACGCCAAGGAGCUCAAGGGUGCCUACGUGUAUCUGGUCAGUGAUGCCAGUACCUACAUGACCGGAAACGACUUGAAGCUUGACGGAGGAUACACUGUGCGGUAA